AUGGUGCCCAAUGUGGCUGUAAAUGGGAAACAUAUACUGCUCUAUGCCCACAGGAUUAGCCCAGGGAAAGUAGACACUCUGGGCAUUUAUGGCAAAGUGAAUGUCCACUCAGUUGGUUAUAGCUUCAGCUCGGAUUUCAGAAGUACCCAAGCAUCUACUCUGGAACUGACAGAGAUAAGUAAAGAAAAUGUACUGAAGUCCGACAUGCCACAUUUUCCUAGUAAUAGAGGAGACAUUUCUAAAAUCGUACCCAGAACUGUCUACACCAAGAGCAAAGGUUCGACUGCCCAUCACACUUUGACUUGCGCCAAAAUACUACCUACCAGCUGUUUGUCAAAGACUCUGCCGUUCACUGCGAGGCUGAACUCUUCAAUGGGCCCUGGACGAACCGUCUUCAUUAAAGGAGAAGUGAAUAAAGCUGCCAAAGGCUUUAAUGUUAACCUCGUAUCGGGAAAAUCAAAGGAUAUUGCUCUUCACUUGAACCCACGCCUCAAUAUUAAAGCGUUUGUAAGAAACUCUUUUCUUCACGAGGCCUGGGGAGAAGAAGAGAGAAAUAUUACCUGUUUCCCAUUUAGUCCUGGGAUGUACUUUGAGAUGAUAAUUUAUUGUGAUGCUAGAGAAUUCAAGGUUGCGGUAAAUGGUGUACACAGCCUGGAGUACAAACACAGAUUUAAAGAGCUUAGUGAUAUCGACACACUGGAAAUUGAUGGAGAUAUUCACUUACUGGAAGUAAGGAGCUGGUAGCUGAUAUGCUUGCUACAAAAACUGAAAUACAAAAUGACUUAUGUAACACUGGCCCUGUUAAAAUGCAUCUGUUAUAUUUGUAUAUAUAUAUUAAGAUGAGCUUGUAUAACGUGAAGUCCUACUAGGCGUUCUCACACUGUGUUCCUUGCCACACAGUGUGGCUUUGUCUAUCACAGAAUAAGGAAAUUUGAGGCAACAGCAAUGUACAGUCAUUAUUCAGGUCUUUCUAUUCUCUCUCCCACCCUGGCCUCUUCUUUUUAAAAUCUUCACAUUCAGCAAGUAGCUGUGGGGACAGAAGUAUACAGUGGAGCACAAUAUUCCCUGUUCUCAAGCUCAGAAUCUUCUGUGCUCUGACAUCAUGCCACUGCUUUUCCCACAGGCAGUAGUCACAAAGUAACCAGAGAUAAUUACUCAGCCGUGAAGUCACCUACAUUAACUUAUGAAAUACUACUUUUCCAGCGAUCCCUUUCAUACCUAAAGUUCAAUCACAUCCCAUAAUGGAAAGGACUGAUGUUGCCUUCCAUCUCGCAGUUUCCUUUGGCAUGAUAAAUACCUAGCUUUACUAGCUGUAAGCAUUGCCAAAUAAUUUAACACUACAAAAUCUGAACACAGCGCAAAGACUAAGGCAAAAAAUGCAGCAAAACAAAACCAGUCGUAUUAAAAUUAACCUGGGGCGCCUGGGUG